AUGACGAGAGGUUUGUGGCUAUGCCUCGGCCUGGCCGUGGCUUGUAUGUGCGUCUCCUUGGCCUCGGCUAAUCUGUUGAGGAGCAAGAGGGACCUCGAGGUGGCCGCCAGCCAUUAUGGUGGCCAUGGUGGCGGAGAUCACCAUGACCAUGGUGAUCAUGGUCAUUAUGGUAAGGACCAUGAGGGAGGACAUCAUGAGGAACAUGGCGGACACAAAAAGGGUCACCACGAUGAACAUGGUGAACAUGGAAGCCAUCAUGAGCACGAGGAAGGACACAAAGGUUCGAAGAGUGGGCACAAGAAGGGCCACAAGAAGGGGGAGAAGACACAUGGUUACCAUCACAAGGCUCACAAGGAUGAAUACCAUAAAGAACAUAAGUUCUAUGAUGAUUAUCACAAGGGUGGACACCAUGAAAAACAUGGGAAUCAUCAUGGACACCACAAGAGUAGCGAUGGUCAUCACAAAAAGGGAGGACACCACCACUCUGGACAUCAUAGUGACCAUCAUGGAAAGAAAGGACACUUUGAUAAGGGACAUUAUGACGAGGAUCAUAAAGGAUUCCAGGGCAAACAUGGGUUCGAUGAACACCACUCGCACCAUGAAGAUUACGGUAGCAAGAAUGAACAUCAUGGAGGAAAGUCUCAUGGAUAUUCUAGCGGUGGUGGAAGUGGCGGAGGUGGUGGUGGAGGUGGAGGAGGACAUGGAGGUGGCGGUGGCGGACAUGGUGGCGGACACGGAGGUGGUGGCGGAGGUGGACACGGAGGUGGUGGCGGAGGCGGACACGGAGGUGGUGGCGGAGGCGGCCACGGCGGAUAUCAUCGACGUUAG